CAGGCGGGACCUAAGAAGCAAGCGGACGUUUCCUGAGCUCAUACUGACAAGUUACCACCCAUUUUAAAGGGGGAUGCAUCCCCCGUUUGACUUGAAAGGGUUUGCACCACAGCCGGUGGCUCGGAGGAGGCGCGCGUGAAAAUUGUGCACCAGCAGAGGCAGCGCCAAACUCACAAUGCGCCCCGAGUGAACACACGCAGGGAGACAAUACGAACCCGCGGGCUCGCCAAGCGAGGAGCCACAUUUUCUCAUCCGGAUUCCCCACCCCAUUCGCCCUUAAACUAUAGCCACAGCGUGGAUAUUCCUCCUCCUCCUCCAAGCUUAUUUUUAUUGUCCAAUUGAGAGCAAAUUGACUUUACAGCCUGGACAAGUGGUUUCAUCUGCAAACUCCAGCCAUGACGUCUCCGGCCAAAUUCCGGAAAGACAAGGAGAUCGUGGCCGAAUAUGAAACUCAAGUUAAAGAGAUUCGCGCCCAGCUGGUAGAGCAACUGAAGUGUCUGGACCAGCAGUGUGAGCUGCGCGUGCAGCUUCUCCAGGACCUGCAGGAUUUCUUCAGGAAGAAGGCUGAGAUUGAGAUGGACUACAGUCGCAACAUGGAAAAGUUGGCUGAGCGUUUUCUCACCAAGACACGCAGUACCAAGGACCAUCUGCUGAAGAAGGAGCAGAGCAUCUUAUCGCCAGUGAACUGCUGGAACCUGUUGCUGCUUCAGGUGAAGAGGGAGAGCCGCGACCACGCCACUCUGUCCGACCUCUACCUCAACAACGUCAUUCCCCGCUUUGCACAGAUCAGCGAGGACUCCGGACGCCUCUUCAAGAAGAGCAAAGAAGUUGGCGUGCAGCUGCAAGAGGACUUGAUGAAGGUUCUCAAUGAGCUUUAUUCGGUGAUGAAGACAUACCACAUGUACAACACCGACAGCAUGAACGCAGAGUCCAAGCUGAAGGAUGCAGAGAAGCAGGAGGAGAAACAGAUGGGACGCUCCAGUCGCCAAGACGACCGCCAAACGCCACGCUCGCCAGACACCCUUGCUAGCAUCAAGGCUGAUGACAAACCCAUCCGUCGUUCCAGUGUAAAAAAAAUUGAAAAGAUGAAGGAGAAGAGACAAGCCAAGUACACAGAGAACAAGCUGAAGGCCAUCAAGGCCAGGAAUGAGUACCUUCUUGCUCUUGAGGCCACCAACGGCUGCGUCUUCAAGUAUUACAUCCAUGACCUCUCUGACAUCAUUGACUGCUGUGAUCUGGGCUACCAUGCCAGCCUCCACCGUGCCCUGAGGACCUACUUGUCAGCAGAACAGAAUGUAGAGGUGUCCAAACACACUGGACUGGAGACAUUGGAGGGUGCCGCUGAAAGUCUGGAGCCCAACGGAGACAAACAGAAGCUGAUGGAGACCUACAACAACGUUUUCUGCCCCCCAGCUCGCUUUGACUUCCAGUCGCACAUGGGCGACAUGAUGGGAUUUAUGUGUGCACAGCAGCCACUGGAAGGUGAGCUUCUCCAGAGGUGUCAGCAGCUUCAGUCCCGCCUCUCCACACUCAAGAUAGAGAAUGAAGAGGUGAAGAAGACCAUGGAGGCCACUCUGUCCACCAUCCAGGACAUGGUGACAGUGGAGGACUAUGACGUGUCCGAGUGCUUCCACCACAGCAACAGCAUGGAGUCUGUCAAGUCAACGUUCAGUGAAUCCUAUCUCAGCAAGCCCAGCCUCGCCAAGAGGCGGGCCAACCAACAGGAGACGGAACAGUUCUACUUUACGAAGCUGAAGGAGUUUCUUGAAGGCCGGAACCUGAUCACCAAGCUAGAGGCUAAGCAUGACCUCAUCCAGAAGACCAUAGGAGAGAGUCAGAAGAGCGACUGUUGCCUUGCCAGUGGACGGAGAAACUCUGCAGUACGGAAACAGGACACAGGUGAAGCCAUACCUCUUAUGAUGGAGAGCUGCAUCCGAUUCAUCAGUCGCCAUGGUAUGCAGCAUGAAGGCAUUUUCAGAGUAUCAGGCUCCCAGGUGGAGGUCAAUGACCUCAAGAAUGCAUUUGAGCGAGGCGAAGACCCACUGGCAGGAGACCAGAAUGACCACGACAUGGACUCUAUUGCCGGUGUCCUUAAACUCUACUUCAGAGGACUGGACCAUGCCCUUUUCCCAAAGGAAGUGUUCCAUGACCUCAUAUCCUGUGUCUCAAUGGAGAGCCUCCAGGAGCGAGCUGUCCACAUUAAGAAAGUGCUGCAAUCUUUGCCAAACAAAACCCUCAUCAUCAUGAGAUACCUGUUUGCCUUCCUAAACCAUUUGUCCCAGUACAGUGAGGACAACAUGAUGGACCCUUACAACCUUGCCAUCUGCUUCGGCCCCACCCUGAUGUCUGUACCGGAGGGCCACGACCAGGUCUCUUGCCAGGCCCAUGUGAACGAACUCAUUAAAACUAUCAUCAUCCACCAUGACACCAUCUUCCCAAGACUGCACGACUUGCAGGGCCCCAUCUACAUGAUCCCUGGAGCUGGUGAUGACUUCUGUGACAGUCCACACUGUGAUCCCCCGCUUGUGCAAGAGCCGGCGCCCGACACUGUGUCCGUCAGCCACAACAGCGAAGAUGGCACCUUGGCUGUUUCAGAGUCUGACCCAGUUGAAGCCAUUGCUCGGUUCGACUAUUCUGGCCGGACCAGUCGCGAGCUGUCAUUCAAGAAGGGUGCCUCGUUGCUUCUGUACCAGCGAGCAUCUGAUGACUGGUGGGAGGGGCGACACAAUGGAGUUGAUGGACUAGUGCCACAUCAGUAUAUUGUGGUCCAAGACAUGACCGAUGGUGGUCGUGGAAGCCCAAAAUCUGACGUGGACACCAGGGACCAGAUGGAGAGGGUUUCCACUCGAGGCAGUGCCGCGUCUCCUACAGGCACGCAUGUGGCCGACAUCUACCUGGCCAACCUCAACAAGAUGAGGAAGCGUCCAGAGUCCGGAAGCAUCAGAAGAACAUUCCGGAGCUCAGAGAGUGAUAGUCCAGGGGCCAGUGGAGGCAAUGUGGGAGGGGUGAGGACUGCAUCUCUUCCUAUAGGUGGCGCUCUGGUGAAGGACACUGCAGACAAACGGCCAGUUAGUGCUCAUAGCAUUCUCAACUCCAUCACACGCCACUCCUCGCUGAAGACCAAGGUGGAAAGCCCUCAGCUGCGCAAGUCAACUCCGGCAGGACGCUCCAAGAGCUUCAGCAACCAUAGACCUCUGGAGCCUGAAGUCAUAGCCCAAGUGGAUCAAAGCUCACAGGACAUUGAGGCAGCAAUGAGCUGCGCUCUGAAUGAGCUAAGGGAGUUGGAACGACAGAGCACCUCCAAACACACCCCUGAUGUGGUCCUAGACACACUGGAGCAGCUGAAAGGUGUGAGUGGUGGCGGAGGAGGGGCAUCGGAACCUUCCAGCCCGCUCCAUUCCCGCCUGUUGCGGGACAGCGAGGGGGGCCCCUCACACGUCCACCCACUUCAGCGCAGCGCCUCCUCAGCCAGCGACGUGCCCUCCUCCUUCCGAGCUACCAAGAGCCAGCCGAAGAGCCCUCUUCCCUCCGCCACGCCGCCUUCCCUGUCUUCUUCCUCUCUAUCCUCGUCGGUUCCUUCCUUCAGAGAGCUACGUCCCCCGGCAACGAGGCCCAAGCCAGUGGUGUUCCCUAAGAGCGGCGGAGGGAGUGGCAAUCCAGCCAUGGGCUCCCCAACAUCCAUUGUGCCCCCUACACCUCCUCCUCCGCCACCAGGGCACACACAUUUGCUUCCUCACGCCCCUCCUCCACCACCUUCCUCCCAGUCUAAUGACAAAUCAUGCCCGGCUUAGCACCUCCUCUCUCCUAGCCAAGCUCCAAUCUGAUCCUAAUGCUUAAAUCAGCAGGUCUUCUAUUGUUGGAAGCACUUAGUUUGUUCUGCAUACAGUAUAUACUUGCUAACCAACGACACACUGUAGCAUUUAGACAUCACAAUCCAUUUUAGAGUGUCACAAGGUUGCACUGCAGGCAACUUUUCAAUGAUCGUAGCAUGGGAACAUUUUUCAGGUCUUUCACAAGGUCAGACGUGCUGACCUAUGGACACUUGCAGCUUUCAUACAUUACGGGGUGGGCCAACGUGUUGCUCUACUUCACACGGAGAUUUUCAUGAAGAAAAGCACUGUUUGAUUUUUUUUCCCUUUAAUAGUUUUUAAGACCCUCUUACGAUCAGAAUGGAUUGUUUAAUUCUUAAGCAGAGACUGAAAAAUGUUAAGCUCUCUUGAAAUGAAACACACUGUCUUGCUGCUUCACACAUGGAAGACUCUAGAUGAACCUCUGUAUUUAAAGACUGGGCCAAAUAUCAUCGUGAGUGAUCGUGAGCUUUAUCUCUUCGAGACUUUUUUUUUUAAUUAGUUUGGGAUCUUGGUCCUAUAAAAUGUCGCCAAAAGAAAUUCUAAAUUUAGGGUGGGUAACCCUGAAUGGGAACCGAGAGCAUUUGAUCAAGUACAACUUCCGACAAACUGUUAGAAAAAGUCCCAAAACAUUUAAACCGUAAAUUAUAUACAGUAUAUAAUAAUGAACAUUUGUUUGAUUGUUGCAUCAUAUAGCUUCAUAAAUUUAGGAUGGCCACCGAUAGUAAAAGGUUCCGCGGCCCUAAAUAAAGCAAUAAGAAUAAUGGAACGCUGGUAGUUUGAGGCAUUAUGCUGCUUUUUUUCCUGCAGCUCUUCUUUGUGUAGUGGACCACUGAAAGCCAGCAUUUUUUUCUUUGUAAUGUUGGACUGUACACGCACACGUUCUCCACAGACGUGUGUGUGGUGUUUUGUGGCAGCUAAACACCAUUCAGGUUGCAUGCUGUGGCCAUUCGACAGCAGCUUACAAUGACUAGAUGGCUGACAACAACAUCGUUUUAUGUAUCUCCAAUAUCAGUGAGAGGGUAACUACAAAAAAAAAAAAAUACACAGCUUGAUCAUAUAAUUAUACUUUGCAGUAAAAAGAGUUUAAUUAUUCUAAUGCUGUUUAUGUAUGUUUAUUAAUAAUUAGGGUAACUGGAAGCCUGGUGCUGAGGGUCAUUUAAGUGUUUAGAGCACAACCAACCACCUCAUCCAAUUCUUAAGCACCCUUUUAUUCUAACUUUUUCACUGUUACUGUUUUAUGGUUAAAGGUGGAACUGCGUUGCCAUCUGGUUGUGUGCAUGUGUGCGCUGCUAUGUGGGCAUGCUUGGAUGGAUGGAUGAAUCCACUAGAAGGGAAUGACAAAGCUAUGAUAAGGCAAAUAUGUGUCUUUUUAUUCACAGGAUUUUGCAAUAAAAGUGCCACGAAACCUUUUGUUAAAAACAACCACAAAACCCUUACAAAGGUGGCCAAAGAAGAACCCAUUUAUUAUAGGGAGUAUAGCUACAUUUAACGUUCAAAUACAUCUCUGCUUUUACAUGUAAAUUAGAUCAGGAUAUAAAGUCAUUAAAGGCCUAAAAUAUUUUUCCCCCAUUUGUGUAGUAUAUCAGACACUGCAUCACAUGCUCUCUUGCAUAUUGAAUUAUACUUGUACAUUUUUGAGGUUUUGUUUGUUUAUCACUAUCAUGAUUGUAUAUUACUGUGUAUUUUUGUUGCUCUUACCUCAUCACGACAACUGGAGGAACUGUGACUGCGUGCUUGUGCACACAGAGGAAAACAUGGAUGUCGGUGGUUGGUGCGUUUGUCUGAUCUCAAAUCAAUCGUCUUGCACCUGAACAAAGUUGGCUUUGCGUUGGACUAACUGUGUGUGGGUGAGUUAUCAGAUUUGUCAAAUAUGCAUUUGUGUCUAUUUGGAAACAACUAAAAAAAAAAAGUGUCAAAUUUAUUUAUAGUUGUCUUUCUAUUACUGGAGAAUCCUGUGUUCAGAUGUACUUUGUAUAUACAAUGUUGUACAUUACAGAGGUACACUUCUUUUUGGUACAAUAUUGUACAGUAAUAUCAAUAGUGUUUUAAUCAAAUAGGCCUUAUAUAAUUCUAUGUGUAGUUCUUGU